AUGCGCCUCUCCAUCGCGCAAAUCUUUGCUGCCCUUCUUGCCGCUGCUGCUACCUGCGCAGCUGCGCCGACAGAUGAACCAUCCUGGAGAGAUUUGAUGUCUUCCUUCGAAAGUAUAAAUCCGACAGACUUCAUUCACUUGGGUGACGACGGGGUCCUGAGACACUUCAACGAAUCGGGCGCUGUUCUUAACUAUGCACCACUGAGCCCGCAACAGAUCAGCCAGGCACUUUCUGAUACUUCCUCGCGAGACACUGAGGAAGACAAGGAACAUCUUUCCCAAGUAUUCAAAGGUGUAGAUGGUCGUACUGUCAGGGAUCCGGCUCUCCUAUACCCUCCAGCGGAAAUUUACCCAACAAAUUUCCUCAACAACAAAAAGCCAUCAGAUAUGUCCGAAGUUCCGCGGUCUGAUCUCGGUCUGGGCCCAAGGCAACAUUGUCCUUCUCGUUCUUGCACUCCUAAAGAAAAUUGGAUACGGCACCUGCUUCGUGGGCUACCCAGAGAGGAUGUCCAACUCGCUUUCACCGUGUGGGGAAAACGGCAUCAUCCACAAAGGUCCGCUCAGAGCAUGACCUAUGGUCGUUUGUCGGCUGCCAUAAUGCACAGUCCCGCUUCCAGAUUUAUAUGGACAACUCCAGGGUUCAAGGAUAUGUGGCAGGGCACACAGUGGCCGGCUCGGCACCAUUGUGCCCGAGCACCCUGCAGCUGGAACUUGAUAUUGAGACCAUCCGCAGUCUUCAACCUCGGUUGGCCCAGCAGCUACGAGGACUGGACAAUCCUAACCCUCUGUGCAUGGGUCCGACUCGUAACAGUGAGCUUGGAUGCAGAGGCGCUGGAUAMGGGCGGUUACGUGUGGAACUGGAAGAUGGCCAGCGACUCGUCCAGGACGACAGGACACUGGGAUGACAGCAGCGUGCACGUGUCGGGACAGACCGGCUUUGUCUCGAACGAAGAUGAGCAAUUACAGACUCAGUUUAGCCGCUUCGAGCGUCUGGUGGACCACAAGCAAUGCCUGGAUCUGCUCCGCGAUGACGACGCUAUUCUCGGCCUGCGGAACAUCUACAAAGCUUUCUCCGACGUGGUCGACUACGGCGAGGUCUACCGAGGAGUACGCAAAGUAGUCAGCUAG